AUGGGCAAAUCUGCCGCAACUCACAUCGAAAACUCCGUCGAGCUGGACUGCGCCAAACUUGGACAGUGCGGAGAAAAAAAAAAGCACUCGUUCUCUGUCUCUCUUAAGCUCUCUGCCUCUCUCAAGCUCUCUCUCUCAAGCUCUCAAGCUCUCUCUCUCUCUCUCUCUUUCUCUCUCUCUCUCUCUCAAAAUCUCUUUCUCUCUCUCUCAAAAUCUCUCUCUCUAACUCCCAAACUCUCAAACAAACUCAAUCUCUCAAACUCUCUCUCUCUUUCUCUCUGUGACUUUUUGUGCUCGCUCGGCAGUAAGAUGCACGCGCCUCGGCUGCAACCUAUUCGUGCUCGUGUGCAGCCAACCAAACACAUUUCCAGCCAAACCGAGGCUUCGAUACGUCCAGCGGUGGCCGUGGAUGGUGCACUCGCGCCGCCAAGCCUAUCUGGCCCCUCUAGCCUGCACCAGCCAACAGCUGGAGCUCGCGUGGCUCAAUCGCCGCCUGCAAAUGGUCCACCCGCCGCCGUCACACCAGCCGAUGUGGUAGUCGUCAUCCCGCUUGGGCCGCUCUCCAACCGAACUUUAGUCAACCUGCCCGCGGGUAGCUUUCUGCGGCCUUCCGACCAAACGUACUUGGCUACGCGCCACAGCUACGCCAACUUUUCCCACUACAUUGACCUGCCGGCAGACGCCGAUGCCAGCCCUGACUUGAUUCUGAAGGUCUCUACGCUGUGGGAGACCACCGCCCACCUUCAGGCCCGGGGCUUGCUGCAUCAUGAUUUCGUGAUGAAGGCCGACGACGACACCCUCCUCAACCUGGAUCUCAUCAAGCAACUACUGGGUUUCUUCGACCCUGCUGUGCCCCUGAACAUGGGCGCCUGUCAUUGGCUCAUGCCCAUGAACGAGGUGAUUGUGCCGGACGUCCCAUUUCUCAAGCCCUAUCGGCAGACGCUUUUUGCACAGGGUGGAUCCGGCUACGUCUACUCCGCUGCCACGCUCGAGUACCUGGCGCAUGGCAUACUGUCUGCCGUUCGGCCACACUGGCAGCAACACUUUGUUCGGGACAGCCACAACUCGGAUCCAUUCAUGUCAAGUGCUCUGCGGGCUUUAUUUGGAAUCAAUUGUCACGACGUGGGCCCCAUGGAGUUGGGCGCCUGGGAUGCAUUUCGAAACGAGCACAACCAAACCGCCAUUCAAGAACAGCUUCGCGGCCUCUCUCCAAUCUUUCUCAGCAUGAUUACCGCCAUGCAUGCGCUCCAGGCGCCCACCAUGGAGGUGUUUCGGUCCCGCAUCGAGCAGAUGUCGGCCCCGCAGCACCGACAAGCUUCAACGCUCCUGCUGCAGUCCACAUAUCGGCUCCUCAGCACGACCUUGGAACAGCAUGUUAGUUUUCACGUGUGUGCAGAUCAGCUCACCCUGUGGGCCCACGACCCCAAUCGAGUGGCCUGGUGCCAGGCUCUGCAGCUGCGCCGCCCUCUAUUUGUGCCCACCAUUACAUCACUCUUGGGUCCGGAACUGACGCCCUCCCUGCCAGAGGCUGCGUUUGAAAACUUGGCCUGGCGCCAGAAGUCAAUCAGCAGCAAGCGUCCACGACUCCUUGUGCUCCUGACACAUGGGCACACACCACACGCGCCUGUCAUUCGCCAUGCUAUUGAGCAACAACAGCGUGUGCUGCUGUUCUGCGUCAACGUUACCAUGUGCCAAAUUUGGGCCGAUGUUGAGGCGUCCGCAGAGCUGCCUGUGGCCGUACAGUCUUUUGGGGCCUUCAACAUUCUUCGCAUUUAUGAGCUCGUUGAUGCAUGGUGUCACAAGCUGGCCGCGACGGAUGUUAUGCUGGCUCCGGGCGUGCAUAUGCCGCUGGAUCCGUCGCCCCACGGCCUGGAAGAGCUUGUGUUCUCCUUUGCGCGAAUCAACCAGCAGCGCGCGCUGACCAACCCCUGUGGUCUCGAGGACACUGCGCCUCGCAAUGGCAGCACUGGCGUGUUUGACCUGUUCAGUGAUGCCGAGGUUGAUGCCCUACACUUUACGGGUGGGGCCGACGCUGUCCAUCGCUUUGUCCGGCGCUUGCGCCAGCUGUAUGAUGAACAUCCACAUACACCCUGUGACGGGGCACAGUUUGUAUCACAGGCCAUUCUUCACCUUCGCAUGGCCGUAGCGACCAAUCUUCGCAUAGAGGUGGCCAGCUACACCCACAUAACGCGCACUGCCGUUAGCCCCGAUCAGCCUGCAGCCUCGGCCACUGGCCGGGCCCAAUGA